GUAUCAUAUCAUAUCGAUUGCAGGAUUUUACCAUCUCCAUCUUCGACCAAUCCAAGGAGCAAAUUCUGAGUGGAGAGGAGAUGUUGACGAUGGCAGCAGCAGCAGCAGGAGUGAGUGCCGCGGCGGUGCCGAGCAUCUACGCCCGGGCGGCGGAAGCUUCAAAACCUCACUCUAUUAAUUUCUCACAGCUGAACGUGAACACGCCAUGGAAGAGGCCCAUCGCUCGUGGAAGGAUUUAUGUCCCGCCGGCGGCGGCGGCGCCGGAUAAGCUAUCCGGUAAAGUGGAGGAAAGCAUCAAGAAGGCGGAGGAGACAUGCAGCGACGAUCCAGUGAGCGGCGAGUGCGCGGCAGCUUGGGAUGAAGUGGAGGAGCUGAGCGCGGCGGCGAGCCACGCCAGGGACAGACAGAAGGAAUCGUCGGAUCCAUUGGAGAACUUCUGCAAGGAUAAUCCCGAGACCGAUGAGUGCCGCACCUAUGAUAAUUGAUUCAAUGCCAAAUUAUCAUUAUUAUUGUUGGAGUGCUGUAGCUGGAGCAGAUGUUUCUACCAGGAAGAGAAUGAAUCAUGUGAUAAAAUACGAACAUAUUUCAUACUUGCAUUUGAAUGAAUGUCCUGUCAAUGCACAUAUAUCUUAAUUAUAAGUUGCAAGAAGAAACCAUGAAUGAA